CAUUCAGUUGCGUAUCGGAUUGUUCAGUUGUUGGUGGUGUACACGCUUAAUUGAGAGAAACACAUGCUUUUUAAAGAAGAACAACUAACUCUAUAAGUUAAACACAUUUUACUGCUAACUGCUAUUAAUUUUCGCUUUCAUUUACGUUAGACGAGCUCGUAUUUUAGGGAACGGAAAGGUAACGACGUAACACGAUAAGUGGAGAUUCCGUCAAUCUACAACUGCAAUUGCAAUGGUUAGCAACAAACAAGCUAGCAGCCAUGCCGUAAAACUACUGCCUUUUCUGAUUUCAUUUAUUUUGUAUUUUAUUUUUGAACCCUAUGUUGGAGUAUUUUCCAGUACGGCUUUAAAAUGCACCCCCAUUAUCAGUUUAACGCUAUACAUAUUAAUGAAAGAGUUCGAUUUCGGCCAAGACUACAAGCGCUCUAAGCUGGUGCUAUGGGGCUUAAUAUUUUCUUGUGGCGGUGAUGCCUUACUAAAUGUUGGACUAUUUCCUCAUGGCAUGGCAUUAUUCGGUGCGGCUCACAUCUUCUACAUAAGAUCUUUUGGAUGGAGACCUUUGAAAUUUUGGAUCGGCGCUAUAAUCUAUUUAGUGGGGGUUGCAGUACUUAGCAUUAUUUACGGCAAGCUGGAUAAAGUUUUGAAAAUCGGCGUACCGAUCUAUUCGGUACUGUUAGCGACCAUGUGUUGGCGUUCUCUCGCUCGUAUUUAUCAAGGAGGAAAUUUGUUCAAUAUCUGUUGCGGUAUUGGCGGUCUACUUUUCCUUAUAUCUGAUUCCCUAAUCGGCCUUAACAUGUUUAUCUUAGCAGCGCCCAGUGCUGGAGUGCAGUUUGGGAUAAUGUUAACUUAUUAUUUGUCUCAAUUGGGUAUAACGUUGAGCACUGCCAACGAGUGUAGAGCAAUAAAUUCGAAAUCUUCCGCAGCAACUGUAAAGAAUCGCAUGAAAAAUUCCCGCCUUCAUGUUAACUCAUAAGACUGAUGUAAACAUACACACGCACCCAUACACACACACACACACACACACACACACACGAACAUACAUACAAACAUACACAAUCGCAGAGAUAAAUUUCGACAUCCACCAAUUACUGAAC